AGCACAGAGCUCCGCCUCGCUUCAGGAUGCUGGUGAGGGUGCCAACAGAGCCGCAUCUUGACGCCGUCUUGAGCGAUAACGAAGAUGCUUCUGAAGGGUCUUGUCUGCUAUGCCGCCCAUUUCUUUAUUUCGCGUGUAGCAUAUGAAACCGUGCUUUUCUUUUGAAUUACACGAUAGCCUUCGCGCGCUGCUAUUACGUUCUCUGUCGUGGUUUCCCCACCUUCGCAAUGGGCUUGCUGUCAACGUCUCCUCCUCCGUCGUCGUCACGCGAGCUCGUGCCGGGUUCGGUCUCCCACUGACGCCGAGACAAGAUGGUGCGCAUCGCUAGCGCCCUGGGGCUCGUCAUGUUCAGCGUGGCGCUGCUCAUCUUGUCCCUCAUCAGCUACGUAUCCAUCAAGAAGGACUUCCUCCUCGGAACCCCCAGAUAUGGACCGAACGGAGGACCGAGGAUGUACAUGUUCCAUACGGGGUAUCGUGAAAGGCCACCUCGCAAACCUGACCAUAGCUCCCAGAUGGCACUGAAGUAUUUGGAUCCACUUUUCACGCCACUGACCAAUGCUCUCAGUGAGGACUUGAAGAAUUCCUCGAAAUGGAGGUACAACAGCACAGCGUUUAUCCAACAGAGGAAGGAAAUCUCGCAGUACAUCGACAUUCCUCGCAACUUCACAUUAACACGCAGCUUAGUCCGCAUUGGCCAGCUGAUGCACUACGCAUAUUCGAGCCACAAGUACGUCUACUCCAUCGGCGAGAACUUCCGCUCACUCCUCCCCGAGGUCUCGCCGAUUCUUAACAAGCACUACAAUGUCUGCGCCGUCGUCGGCAACAGCGGCAUCCUCACCAGCUCACGUUGUGGCGAUCAGAUUGAGAAGUUUGACUUUGUCUUUCGCUGCAACUUCGCACCAACCGAGAUCUUUAACAGGGAUGUUGGGCGGCGCACAAACAUGACAACCUUUAACCCAAGUAUCUUGGAGAAAUAUUAUAACAAUCUACUGACAGUGCAGGACAGGAAUAACUUCUUCCUGAGUUUAAAGAAGCUGGAUGGUGCAAUUCUUUGGAUUCCGGCGUUCUUCUUCCACACGUCAGCCACAGUGACCAGGACGCUGGUGGACUUCUUUGUGGAGCAUCGGGGUCAGCUGAAGGUCCAGCUGGCCUGGCCUGGAAACAUCAUGGAGUACAUAAGCAACUACUGGAAAACCAAACAGCUGUCGCCAAAGCGUCUGAGCACCGGCAUCCUGAUGUACACCCUGGCGUCUUCUAUGUGUGACCAGAUCCACCUGUACGGCUUCUGGCCGUUUGGCUGGGACCCCAACACAGGGAAAGAGCUGCCCUAUCACUACUACGACAAGAAGGGCACCAAGUUCACCACCAAAUGGCAGGAGGCCCAUCAGUUGCCUGCUGAGUUCAAACUCCUCUACAAGAUGCACACAGAGGGACUGCUGAAGCUCACCCUCUCCCACUGCGCUUAGAUAUGAAACUGCAGGAGGUAUUUCAAUUGUCUCAGCAGAGCUUCCACAGGCCAGAGUCACAAAAAGGAUCAGUUUGAUGUGGAUUGAUAAAUGUGGUUUUCACAACAGCACGAUCUCGGCGAGUUGGCGCAAUGGACUCUUGUGCUAUUUUAGCACGAGAUUGCAGCGUCUAUCGCUAUCAAGCUGUGCUGGUCCUGCAUCGAAGCUGUAGAAACAAGGUGUCUGUUCAUUUUUUUGUCAGUCAACACACUCAAGGACUGCUGCUCUCUCGGUCCGUGCUGCACUUCAGCAAAACAUCACAAGUCAUACAAUGAAGGGUGUCAUUAUUAAUUAUUACAACAGACAAACUAAGGCUACAUAACUUCAUUCCACACACACAAAAAACAUGAAUAGUCUAUUGUCAAAACAUUUAUAGUCACCCCUGGAUCAUACAUAUCAUAUCCUUGUGUGAUUACCUCCACCAAGCACAAAACUUUGAGCAAAGUACGUGAUCACACAUUUUUUUUGGUUUGAGGGGGAAAAAUAACAUAAAACCUAUAUCUACGCUAUGACGUAGCCUGAUUUCCAACAAACAUAUGGACGCACAAACAUGAUUUUUUUGUCUUUUGUUAUCAGGAGGUGUCUCUCCCAUGUGUCGUUCUAGUUAUUAAUGCAGUGCCUGAAUGCCUUGAAGGAGACCAAUGGGUGGUACCUCGAACAAUAAGCCAGGGUUUUUGCAGGUAUGUUGCACAACAAGCGGGAACUUGGCAAAUGUUUUCUUAAAAUAUCAAAAAGCGUUGCAAAAGUACAGAAUUAUUCACAUCACAUCGAUGUGUGUUUGUGAACGUGUGAGGACAUUAUAAACAGCACACCCAGAACUGGUCGGCAGUCAGUCGCAGGCAUAUAUAGACACGGACAUUCACACUCACAUACACAGUGUCACUGAGCGGCAAAUGAACCCACGCUGCCGACACCAAAGUCAGGUAAACGUACUACUACAAAUGUAUAAGAUUUUUUGAAAACGUAUACUUGAUAUAAUGGGUUUAAGAAGUAAUCCUCAAAAUAUACCAUUCUUGGGAAGGUUCAUUUUCUACACCAACUAGUUCAAAGUUCAGUUCACCGUUCCAGAAAUGAACAACUUCAGUUCAUAGUUCAUGAUUCAUAAUUUUGUACAAAGUUCCAAAGAUAAUAGAUAAAGAUUUUUUUCGUCAAUAUGUUGCUGAGUUGCCUCAAAAUACAGGCAUUUCAUUUCCUCGUUGUUCCCUCUCAUUCAGUCGGACAAUAGAAGCCAGAUGUACCUUUCACCCUACAAUCCAAAAAAUAUGAGGAAAAACUUGGGGCUUUUUUUUUUUAAUGAGGAAUUGAAACAAAAACAAAACUUUUGUCCUUCAUGUGCAAAGUCACACAUUACAGUAUGACAGGAGUGAGGGUGACCUGUGUGGAGUUCGCAUGUUCUUCCGUGCCUGCGUGGGUUUUCUCCGGCACUCUGGUUUUCUCCUGCAUCCCAAAAAACAUGCAUGGUAGGUUAAUUGAAGACUCUAAAUUGCCCGUAGGUGUGAAGGUGAGGGCAGCUGGCUUUGUCUCUAUGUCCCCUGUGAUUGGCUGGCAAGCCGGUUCUGGGUGUGCCCCGCCGCCUACCUGAAGAUAGCGUGGAUAGGCUCCAGCACUCCCGUGACCCUUGUGAGGAUCAGUGGCACAGAUAUUAGAUGGAUGUAUUGCAUUACAAAAGAACCAAAGAAUAUAACCACUCCCAUUUUUGCAGUGUUCCUGAAUACAACUUGCACGGUCUGCCUGCCGAAUGUAAACAUGAUUGGCGGUUGCCAAGUACGACUUUCAUCCCUGACAUAUGUAGGCUCGUAUCUCGUUUGUUCAGAUGAGUUUUGUCCUGGAAGUCCCGAGCAAAACCUGACACAAAACUUGACACUCUUGAAUGAAAAUGAACUUUUGUUUUGUUCAAUGGCAGAAUGAGCACAUUCUCAAUUACAUUCAUCAGACAGAAAUGAACUCAAUUCCAUUUCCAAUCGCACGAAAUAUGAAAUAGUUCAUGAGCUUUUGUUCAUUGAUCUGGUUCAGAUACAAAACUGAAAUACAGGAUGUCCCAAAAGUCAUUAUACACUUCCAUACUUUUAUUUUGUUUCAGGUAACCCUUCGGACAACCUUAAGGGCAUCAGCAUUUCACAGCUUAGGGUGUGCAAUGUUUCUAAGUAUCUCAUUCCUUUGCCCAUGGCUCACCAAUUGACUUUGGGGCAGCAUUGCAGUGGUUCUGUCCCUGACUGUGGUUUGUUGCCAGGUUGAGAAGCUUUCUGGGCAUUACACCGCUCUAAUGCGACGACAAUUUACAUCAUGAAUUCAGAUUGCUCAAAGGCUUCCAGUCCAAUAUUAUGAUGGUCAACAUCCUCAACGUACCUAAACGUAAAGCUUUAUUACCCGAGAUGAGUUGAGAUUUUGCUAAUACUGAGUUCCAGUUUGGUCUUUCAGGUCGCCUAGCUUUCCACAAACGCCAGCGCUAUGAUUUUGGUGUUUUCAUUACUGUGGUGGUAGCAGGCCUUGCACUGCAUGGUUUGACAAGAAAAGAUCCUGUAUGGAGAAACUUGCCAUGGCUAGCGUAAAUUACCAAAAAGCUUCUCAAGCUAGCGCUGAACUGCAGUCAAUGGUGGGAAAAGGUUUGCUCUGUUGUCAAGUGGUGAGUCAUGGGGCGUGAAUGAUACACUUGCAUAACCUGCAGACCCUCAGCUGUCAAACGAGGAUGGCUGUCCACAUGAUACCUGCAACAAAACUGAAAAAAAAAACGGCGCAUAUAGUUAUGUAUAUUUCACAAAAUGACAAUGGAAAUAUAUUCUUUCAAGAACAGGCUAGUUGUACCGUUUGUAAUGAUUAUUAAUGUUUAAAUAGACGUUCUCUGAGUUUAAGUGAUGUAAAUUAGCUCCAAAGUGUUCAUGGGAGUCACAGAUUAUGUACCUGAACUGUUCGGUUGGACAGACCCAAACAGGAGUCACGAUUUGCUCUUGUUUUGAAAAGUUUACUUCGUGAAAAACAACAUGAGUAGUGCAUUCGGUGUUCCUUUCUGGAAAAGAGCAAAAAGAAAAAAAAGGGACUCAUUUCACUUGCAUGUACAACAUUUUAUUUUGUGUGUGAUCUAUCAGAACUACUAAGUACUGUAAAUGUCAUCAUACCUGGGUUGCGAUGCCAGUAUCUUUUGUUACAUGAAGUUUGUUUUUCAUUUAUUUUCUUUUGCUGCAUUGCUUUUUUUCUGAGUGUUGCACUUUCCUGGGCUUGCAUCUGAUACAAUGCUUCAAAUUGCAAUGGUGCCUUGAGAUGUGAGCGACCUAUCUUGUGACUUUUUUUAAAAUAUGAGCAGCCGGUCGCAAAAUUUUGGGUUUGCUUUUGGAGUAGUAGAAAUUUGAGGCAUGAAAGAUCACUCACUUCACAACAAGUAGCAGUUUAGCAGAUAGUGAACAAUUCUUCAAAAAAAGAGGCUAGUGUAAUACUUAAAAGCAAUGCUAACUGCCAUAGACAGGCUAAAAAAACAGCAUGUAUGUGGUUUUGUUAGAAGUCUUUAGGCGAUAAAUAUUUGAAAUCAAAGGUGCAUCAACCAAUGUAGGCAGACAGUAUAAAAGUAUUCACAGGCACAUAUUCUUUAUCCUCUGCAAAAAUUAAAUACUCUUACUCUGGUUCAGUGGGGUGCUAUCACGUGCCCCAGCUUUUACAAUUUUAAGUGCUCGCGCACCCUGACCCCCUACCCCCUGGAUGGGGACAAUUUCAAGAGGUGGGAGGUGGAGUUACUCUCCAAAGAGGGCGGCGCACCCAAAACAGUUGAAAACCACUGAUCUGUCUUACUGAGUCACCUGGAGAAGUGUUUAACCUCUUCUUGGUUUGUCAACAAACACUAGAAGGAACCACUAUGAAUUAAUCAUGAUGCACAAACUACUUUUUUUUACAUUUAAUUUUGUUGAUAAUUAAAUUACCAUGUGUUUUAUUUUGUUGGACAAUAUUACAGAGUCCUAUUUUCCUUCUGAAAAACCACAUUUGUUUUGGAGGGGAGGAAGCUGGAACAGAUUAAUGGGAUUUCCAUUCAUUUCAAUGGGGAAGGUUAUUUAAGAUACGAGUGUUUUAAAUUCCGAGCAUGGUCAUAAAUUAAACUUGUAUCUCAAGGAACCGCUGUUCUUUAUUGAUAAUAACCGCACCAAUAAUAAAUAUACUUGCAACAUUCACAAAACUGGAUUCUGGAUUGUUGUUUAACUGUUAAAUAUUUUGGAAUUUCUGACUGAAUGUAUUUAUCAGUUAUCUCUGGAGAAUAUUUGUGUGCAUACGUUAAAGUGCACCAUUUUCUUGGGUCAUUGUGAUGUGAUUCAUAACCUAGUAUUUAAGUAUUUAGUCAUUAAAUAUUGAUCGGAUGUUGGAUUUCAGUCUGCACUUACACACAAAAAGUGUUGGAGCAGAUUUUCUUUUUUUUUUUUAAUUGGUUUCAUUAUAAAACAUUCUCAUCAGCAGUUAGUAGCCCCCCCCAAAAAAACACAACAAUAGGUACUCUAUUCUACAAAUUAUUUAAAAACACAAGGAUGGAGUGUCAUUUUGAGUUAAUUAAUUUCUUUUUGCAUAAUCAACUCUCUUAUUAACGCCCUCAGCCCCUAUGGUUGGCAUUAGCAUACUCAGGUUUUCUAAAGUACCUUAUCCGGUACUUCAGUUGUGUUUUUGUGUGUGCCCCUUUAGUGAUGUUUUUGAGUUUAUGUUUAGGUUCACCCCUGGUGGGUUGUACCAUACAUCACACCUUUACUUCUCCCUUAAAUUAAAUGCUGCAAUGAGAUUUUAGUAUUGUAAUAACUUGGCGUUAGUCCAGUUUUAUUGAGUAUUUGGUUGGACAAAGUUCCAUAAAUACAUUAAGGCCAAGGAAAGGGGGUCACCGAGUUUGUAAUAAUUGUUCAAAAUGCAAUUGUUGUUAUCAUAUGCGUGAUGCGCCCAAAGUUUUAAAGACAUAGUUAGAGGCUACUUUAUCAUAUUUUUAAGACAGUUUGGACCAGCUUAUGCUUGCAAGUUUUAAGGGGACACCAUUUCCUGUUCCUGGUUGACAGUUCCCCAGAGGGCAAAGGUCCCAAAAGGGGUUGCUUGAAUGACUUUGGUGUGGAACAACUUGAUUGAGUCAAGCAGAAGCAUCAGCGACCUCUGACCUGUUGCUCUUCUUGAUGAAUAGAUCCGACAAACGCACUCCAAAAUCUUGUGGAAUGGGUGAAAGCUGCUAUAACUGCAAAGGGAUGAUAGACUCCAUAUUAUCUUUUCUUACCAUAUAUAUAUAAAGAGAGAUAGAUACUGUAAAUCUAGGAGAAAAAUGCAGAAUCUCUCCUCUCUUCCUUCCGCUUUGCAACACAUCAGUUGCAGAAAAUGCACAUUAACAGGAUUUGCAGAGAUAUGGAAGAUCAUGAUACAUUACAGUAUCGAUGAAAAUACUUCGACUUCACAUUCUACUGUAUAUCAUGUUGUGAACAAGCAUCACUCACAUAUGGAAUGCAGUAAAAUGACUCAUUUUGUAGUCAUUCUGUCACGUGUUUGGAUAUAUUUCACCAUGUGUUGAUUAGUUGAGAAGCCAAAUUGGGACUAUUUUGAUAGUCCAUGUCUAUUUUGCCUCUUGAUUUUUAGACGGCAACUUUUUUUCCUAAAUAUAUUAAUAUUUGAGGUCAUUAUAUUUCAUCAUUUAAUUGAAGUCAUUUAAUUUUGGUAAAAAUAUGUUGAUUUUUUUUUUUUAUUUACUACAAAAUUUUAUUGUGACACAAAUUUA